AAUCUGAACUUGGAGAUAUUCAGCAGGUCUAAUCUGAACCUGGAGAUAUUCAGCAGUUCUAAUCUGAACUUGGAGAUAUUCAGCAGGUCUAAUCUGAACCUGGAGAUAUUCAGCAGUUCUAAUCUGAACCUGGAGAUAUUCAGCAGUUCCAACCUGAACCUUUUAUCGACUGGUCUAAUUAAAUCUACCCAAAGGAACUGAGUUCUUGCCACCAACUCAAAUAUUCUCAUCCCUAUAUCUUUGCAACCUGGUAAUGGUAUUAACAUUAAUACUUUCAAAUUUAAACUGUUUGAUCUUAAAGAUCAAAGGUUAUACGACGUCGGGUUGCAAAGAUCUAGGCGUGUUGAAACAUUAGAGUAUGUGACAAUUGAACUCAACUCCUUUUUGUUCUGUUGUUUUAUACAGUGCUACCUUCAAAAGAUUAGACUUUAUUCAGUUGUCUUUGAUUUUUAUCACAAUAAGUGAGUGAUUUUUAAUUUAUUUCUUAUAGCAAUGGUAUUCUUUUCAAACUAAACCAAAUUCCGACGUUUUUCCUUAUAAAUGUACCCGUCCGACGUUAGUACUGGUCCGACGAUUGUACUAGUCCGACGAUUUUAUUAGUUCGACGAUUGUACCAGUCCGACCUUUGUAACGUCCGACGUUUGUACUGGUACCGUAAUAAGAUGGACAUAUUCACCUUUUUAUAAUUUCUUUUUAUCUUAAAAAGUUUGGAGCUCUUGGCAUGAAAUUAUUUAUUUCAGAGAAUAUGAUCGAUGAUAAUAUGAGACACAUACUCAAGUAUUUAGUGAGAUCAGAUCUCACUAAGAGCUACGAGUUCAGCCUUGCUGUGUCGGAUAAAUGAGCUGGAGAAUACCGUCAAGGUUUGGAGAACAGGAGGUUGAGUCGUAGAUAAGAACAUGCUGAGAACAAUAGCAGAUAUUAAUAUCAUUCAAGAAUUGAAAAUCUCUUGGCUUAGUCCUCUUGGUUGUGGUCCAGUGUUCAAAUACUUGGUUGAGAAACACGAGGAACUGGAAACUAUCAGUAUAAGGUUGCAUGGUGUGAGGAGUACAGAGGAUGAGAAGGAUAUCGUGUUGACUGUACUCUCCAAUAUUAAUCUAAGGUCCAUUUCUGUUCAUAAUAUGGUGUCUACAGGAGAUAUAUUCAGUAGUCUCCCCAGUACUCUUCCUAACCUAGAAAAGCUGGUACUGAAUAGUUGGUGGUCGUUAUCAAAUCAAGGACUGAUUGAGAUAUUAAACAGAUCCGGGAGUAAUCUCAGAGAAUUAGAUUUAAGAUAUUCUCAUAUUACGGGGGUUGGAGUAGAGGAAGGAGUAAAAUCUCUUCCAAACCUAGAGAUAUUGAAGCUGGUUUGGUGUGAUAAUCUGACAGAUGGAGGACUGAAGGAGAGACAGGGACUCAAGGAAGGAGUAUCUCUGCCAAUGCUGGAGAAACUGUACCUGGGAGAGUGUCACCAGCUGACUGAUUCAGGUCUCCUGGAGAUACUGAGUAUCUCGGGGAGCAGAUUGAAGACUGUGUAUAGUUAUUACUUUCUCAAGAUGUCUGGCUUGGAGAAUAUGAUCGAUGAUAAUAUGAGACACUUGCUGAAGGAGUGUAAGAAGAAAAUGGAGAACAUGUUGUCUGGAUUAGAGAGGAUGGUAGAGUAUGAUCUGAUAGUUGUGCUCAGGCAUUUAACUAAGAAGGACAAGAUGUCACUGAGAGCUUCAAGUACAACCUUGCGGAGACGGAUUGACGAGCUGGAGAACACCUUCAAGGUUUGGAGGAUUGGAGAAGUUGAUUCUACUAGACUGAGAAGAUUAUCAGACGAGAUACAUACUAUUCAAGAGUUGGAAAUACGUCGCCUUAGUCCUCCUGGUUGUGGCCCAGUGUUUAAAUACUUGGUGGAGAAACACGAGGAACUAGAAACUAUCAGUAUAAAGUUGUAUGGUGAGAGGAGUACACAGGAUGAGGAGGAUAUCGUGUUGACUAUAUUCUCCAAUAUUAAUCUAAGAUCCAUUACUAUUGAUAACAUGUGGAAUACAAGAGACAUAGUUGGUAGUCUCCCCAGUACUCUCCCUAACAUAGAGAAGCUGGAACUGAUUGGUUGGAUUUCGUUAUCAGAUCAUGGACUUAUAGAGAUAUUGAAGAGAUCCAGGAGUAGUCUCAAAGAAUUAGAUUUAUCUUAUUCUAACAUUACGGGGGUUGGAGUAGAGGAAGGAGUAAACUCUCUUCCAAAUCUAGAAGUACUGAAGCUGUCUACGUGUUAUAAUCUGACAGGUGGAGGACUGAAUGAGAUACUAAGAUUGUCUGGCAAUAAACUCAGAGUAUUAGAUGUAUCACGUACUAAUAUAACAGGGCAAGGGUUCAAGGAAGGAGUAUCUCUCCGUAUGCUGGAGGAACUGAACCUGGGAGAGUGUGACCAGCUGACUGAUCCAGGUCUCCUGGAGAUACUGAGUAUCACAGGCAAACUGAGAGUACUAGAUGUAUCCUGGACUAAUAUAACAGGGCAGGGGUUCAAGGAUGGAGUAUCUCUCCCUAUGCUGGAGGAACUGAACCUGAGAUGGUGUGAACAGCUGACAGAUUCAGGUCUCCUGGAGAUACUGAGUAUCACAGGCAAACUGAGAGUACUAGAUGUAUCAUGUACUGAUAUAACAGGGCACGGGUUCAAGGAUGGAGUAUCUCUCCCGAUGCUGGAGGAACUGAACCUGAGAUGGUGUGAACAGCUGACAGAUUCAGGUCUCCUGAAGAUACUGAGUAUCUCAGGUAUCAGAUUGAAGACUGUUUGGCUUUGGGGAACCAGAAUAUCUACUGUAGUUAGAAGCACUCUCUGCACCCAAUAUCCUUCUGUAGAACUGAAGUGGGGUCCAGAAGAAUAUCCAGAAUAUCUUUAAUGGUUUUCUAUCGAAAAACUGUAAUAUUUAUUUUUAUUAUUUCUAGAUUCAAUUUAUCUACUAAUAUUAGAGAAAUUAGGUUUCAUUUAAAAGGUUAUCUAUCCUAUGGAAACCAUUUUUUGUCAGUAUUAGUAUUUAAAUUUUGAUAUUACAA